AUUGUUCUGACAAUAAAAUGAAUCUGAUGUACCAGGUUGUUGGAGCCUUCUGGUACUUGUUCGCAAUAGAAACGGAAUAUAGGUGCUGGCGUAAAGCAUGCAAGGAUCAAACUUGUAUUGAUGAUCUCCUUUUAUACUGUGAAGAAGCAAAUAAUGAUAGAUUUUCGCAUCUGGAUGGUUCUUGCCCUCUUCUUGAACCCAGUCAAAUAAAGAACUCAACAGACUACGACUUUGGAAUAUUCCUCGAUGCUCUUAAGUCUGGUAUAGUUGAAACAAGAGAUUUUCCAAAGAAAUUCUUCUAUUGUUUUUGGUGGGGGCUGCGAAAUCUAAGUUCUUUUGGGCAAAAUCUCAAAACCAGCGUUUUUGUUCGGGAGAUUAUCUUUGCUAUCUUCAUUUCCAUCAUUGGAUUGGUUCUAUUUUCGUUUCUCAUUGGCAACAUGCAGAAAUAUCUGCAGUCUAUAACCGUCCGAGUAGAAGAGAUGAGGGUAAAAAGGCGGGAUGCAGAGCAGUGGAUGGCCCACCGUAUGCUCCCUGAGAACCUGAGGGAGCGUAUUAGGCGCCACGAACAAUACAAAUGGCAAGAAACCAGAGGUGUUGAGGAAAAGUCUUUGAUUUCUAAACUUCCUAAAGACAUCAGAAGGGACAUAAAGCGCCAUCUUUGCUGGUCUUUGCUCAGAAGGGUUAGUGCAUUUCUGUGUCUCCUCUACAUUUAAUUAGUAUUCUUCAUG